AUUUCAGGACAGCCAGAGUUACAUGGUGAGGCUGUUUUAAUGCCCUUCCCUCAAAAAAAAAAAAAAAUCCAGUGUUAGUUGGUCAGGCCCAUCUCCUUGAAAGGAGGCCCAGACUUCAAGACUGGCUUUGGGGAAUAGCCUUCACCCUGGCUUGACAAUCCUACUCUAGCUGUCCACGUCCUGGUGCCCGUAGGGGAACUGCUGUUACAUAUAUGGGUCUCAGGCCUGAUGGAGGGAGGGCUUUGAUCAUGAAGAAGUAGCUGGCAUCCAUCCUCCCUAGUGGCCAUGGUGGAUGCACACCAGCAACUUUUCAUGCAAGCAUGAAAGCAUCCUUUCUGAGAUGCCCCUGAGUCCUUACUUGUACAUAUCUUGGGUGUGGGCCUGGCGCUUAAGGGAGGGCUGGACCUUGGAGGUUUUAGGUUGGCUGUCAAGAGGCAGGUGAAUAAAACGUUCAGAAAUGUAGCACAGGGGCUAGGAGGACAGAACAGGAGGGCAUCAAGAUAAAGCAAAAUGGUCUUGAAUCUGGGCAUGCUGUCAUACACCUUUAAUCCCAUCAUUCGGGAGGCAGAGACAAGCAGAAGUUGAGAUCAGCCUGGUCUACAAUAGUUUCCCCGUAUAACCAGAACUACACAAAAACACAAACAACAAAAAGAGAAGUGGUCAUGAAGAAGAGAUCAGGACCUGAUCCGGAGAGGAACGUGUGUAAAAGCUGCAGAGUAGUACAGGAAACUGAGAGGGUGCAAAAGCCAAUGUUAAAGCGUUUGAGGGCAGAAGGAAGUCCUUUUGGAUAUUGCCUCGGUGAACUGGAAGCCAGAUUCAAUUGCCAGAACAGACUGGUAUGGCCGGGUCGGGAGGGAACAAAAAACUGGGAGAGCACCGCGGCUCAGAAGAGCAAAAUCCCCAAGGUACCUCCUGGGUGGUCAGGAGGCUUGGGGAGGGAGAGCACACCAGUGCGCAUGCCUGGAAAGGUGGGCAUUGUCACGUGUACUGGCGCUGGCCCCGCCCCCUGAUUCUAGGGUAGAUUGGGAAGGGGGCGGGUAGUCUGGGGAACUGGAGUCUGCACUGCGGCUGUUGGGAGGGCAGCAGCAGCCCACCACCAGUAGUCCCUCUCGAUGGAAGUCCUGGACGAGUAUGACAACGAAUUCCCCCAGAGUGUGACCUUCUGCCAACUCAUCUCCGAGGACGACUUCGAGAGGCAAGCAGCGACCUACACAGAGCGCGCGCUGCGCCGCCUCUUCCGCUGCUUGGACCGCAACCCAGCGCUGGCGGAGAGGGUCGUUCGCAAGGGCAAGCAGACUGAGAUGGAACAGCGUGGGUUCCUCUCCGGCCUCUGGGCGAAGUUUGUCUGUGCUGUCCAGGGGGAACUGAACCAUUGCAACAGCAUGGGUGCCCUGGAGAUGCAUCAGCGCCUGGAGCAGCUGAAGUGGCGCAUCCACCGUGUACACGUGUAUUCCCGGGGUGCCAAGAAGAGGAGGAGGAGGAGGAAGCUGAAACCAAAGAGAGCAGAUCCUGUCAUCUUCCGAGACCAGUCAACCUCCCCAUGCCUGCCACCAGCUCCAUUGCCGCCGCCAUUGCCACCGCCACCGCUACCCGUCACCACCAUGGCCUCUGUAGUGGCUGCGUCACCUUCUGUCUACACUAUGCCCAGGGUCUUUGGCCCCUUUCCUCCACUGUCUGGCAAGCCGAUGGAGAAACUGGAUAUUUCCAGGUCUGAAGUGAAAUUAAACUGGAAUAGCCUUUCAUCAACUUCUAAGAGCCACAUGGUCGACCUGACCCCCUUGGUCCUCAACCCUGGAGGCUUCCAUUUCUCCUAUUUGGCAGGAAACAGUGCACACAAGCUGCAUUGCCCUGGCUUCCCGUGUGUUGGUGAUGGAGCCCAGGACCUCAUACAUGCUCGGACAGCAGCAGCCUGUAGUGAGCCCUCCAGUACCAAUGAGACUACAUCGCCUGUUGUGAAAGCUUCCAUCUUUACUCCGCCUGUCCUACUCAAGUUCCAACCUGUGCCCAGACCUAAAGACGAUUCAGAGAAGUUCCAGCCUGUGCCCAGACCUAAAGACGAUUCAGAGAAGUUCCAGCCUGUGCCCAGACCUAAAGACGAUUCAGAGAAUGACCCUGGCAGUGCAGAGUCCAUUCCUGCCAAGAAGAACGAGUAACCUCUUCCUUACAGACCAUGUCCCAGGAAUGAAUAAAAUUCCUACAGAGGUGCAUUAUA